AUGCCGUACGGAUCGCAGCUGAUAUAAAGACGUGGUUGUUCCGUGAAUAAGUGGAUUUGCUGCUCAAAGACGGGCGGUUUUAGAGUAUAAUUUAUUAUGUUUUUAAUCAACAAAUUUAGAUUUUUUUGCACUGAAUGAUUAGAUUUAGUAUCGUAAUGCAACCUGUGUUCUUCUUCUGAAAACUCGACACUGUAAAGCCUUUUGCUGCUACCCAGCACUCCAUCGACUGAGGAAACAAUGCAGGCCUAGCUAGCAUCCGACGUUAGCUAGCGAGGCUAAUAGCAUAACGCUGCUCCAGCACACUGCGGUGGGAUUUAAACCUUGGACGAAGACCAGCUUCUCGACGCUGUAAUAACAUCCAAUUCGCAAUGAGCUCUCAGCUGCAGGUCUUCUCUCCUCCCUCCAUCUCCUCCAGUGCCUUUUGCCGUGUUAAGAAGGUGAAGGUGGAGAGUAGUGUUUGGGAUGUGUCCACCACGGAAGCUUACAGCUCCAUCGCAGGCCAGGCGGCAUUCGCGUUCACCCCAGCCAUGGCCGUGGCACCCUUUGCACCAGCCCUGGUCUUCCCCCCGACGGCCCCGGGUUCCAGAGGUCAAGUGGUGGUGCGGGCUGCCGAUAGCACCGGCAGUCUUCCGCGUGGAUCCAGCCGACGUGUGACGGAGCAAGCGACGUCCUCCUCCUACACUCACACCGAGACGUCCUCUGAAACAAGGGCCCACCGGCACGGCCAGAAAAGGAAGAUUGAGGAAACCAGUGAAGGCAGCGGCAGUGGGUGUGGCAGUGUCCAGAUAUUGGAGGAGCUCUCGGCCCCUGCAGCAACUUACUCCACCCGCACUGGUGGUGGCGGAGGAGGCACGGGCCAAUCAAUACCCCACUCGGCUCCAACCACCAAGAGCAGCAGCUCCAAUGGUGAAGGGGAUUAUCAGCUGGUGCAGCACGAGAUCUUGUGCUCAGUGACCUGUAGCUAUGAAGUGCUGGAGUUUUUAGGAAGGGGCACGUUCGGACAAGUGGCCAAGUGCUGGAAGAGGGGCACCAAUGAGAUUGUUGCUAUCAAGAUCCUGAAAAACCAUCCUUCAUAUGCUCGCCAGGGCCAAAUUGAGGUGGGUAUCCUGAACCGGCUGAGUGCAGAGAACGCCGAUGAGUACAACUUUGUGCGUUCAUACGAAUGCUUCCAGCACAAGGGUCACACCUGCCUUGUGUUUGAGAUGCUGGAGCAGAACCUGUACGACUUUCUCAAGCACAGCAAGUUCAGCCCGCUCCCCUUAAGGCACAUCAGACCCAUCCUGCAGCAGGUGGCCACGGCACUGAUGAAGCUUAAGAGCCUUGGGUUGAUUCAUGCCGACUUGAAGCCCGAGAACAUCAUGCUGGUGGACCCCCACAGGCAGCCCUACAGGGUGAAGGUCAUUGACUUUGGCUCAGCAAGUCAUGUGUCAAAAGCUGUCUGCUCAACCUACUUACAGUCUCGCUACUACAGGGCUCCAGAGAUCAUUUUGGGUUUGCCGUUCUGUGAGGCGAUUGACAUGUGGUCUUUGGGCUGUGUGAUUGCUGAGCUGUUUCUGGGUUGGCCUCUCUACCCUGGAGCCUCUGAGUACGACCAGAUCCGUUACAUUUCCCAGACUCAAGGUCUGCCUGCAGAGUACUUGCUGAGCGCCGGAACCAAAACCAGUCGCUUCUUCAAUAGAGGGCCCGACUCUAGCUACCCGCUCUGGAGACUCAAGACCCCAGCAGAGCAUGAAAUGGAGAUGGGCAUUAAGUCCAAGGAGGCCAGGAAGUAUAUCUUCAACUGUCUGGACGACAUGAUGCAGGUCAACCUGUCUUCUCAUUUGGAGGGGACGGACAUGCUGGCUGAAAAAGCCGACCGACGAGAGUUUAUAGACCUCUUGAAGCGGAUGCUCCGUCUGGAUGCCGACAAAAGGAUCACGCCUACAAAGACCCUGGGUCACCCCUUUGUCACAAUGAGCCACCUCAUGGAUUAUCCCCACAGCUCGCAUGUGAAGUCCUGCUUCCAAAACAUGGAGAUCUGUAAGCGUCGGAGCUCCUAUGACAGCAGCAAAUCUCUGUACUCCACCAGCGCGGUGCCCAGCGCUGCAGGGGGGAACCUCACAGUCACAUUCAGUAGCCAACUCAACCAGCAUAACCAGGUGCCUUCUGCGGGAGGAGCGGUGCCUCUGCUGAACUAUCAGCCGGCUCUGUACCAGCAGGCGACCAUCAACAUUCCCGGGCUUGCUCAGCAGAGUGUCCCGAUCCCAACGCGGCCCGCCGGCCUGUGUAGCCAGACAGAACCCUUCCAGCAGACUCUCAUCGUCUGCCCUCCCUCCACGCUUCAAGGGCUACAGCCAUCCAAUAAGAGUUCCAGUUUCCCUGUCAGGAUGGAAAACUCUGUUCCCAUAGUACCUCAAAACCAGUCUGCUCAGUCGUUGCAGAUUCAGCCUAGUAUGCUCACACAGGGUUCCUGCACACCGCUGAUGGUGGCCACCCUGCACCCCCCCUCAGCAGGCAUAGCUCCCCAGUAUUCUCUGCCCCUCGGGCUGGGCACCGGGGUGGGUCGCCCCACCCUCCUGGAGCACACAGCCACAGUGCUGCAGGCCUGGCCCACUGGCACUCAACAGAUCCUCAUACCAUCGUCGUGGCAGCAGGUCCCCGGCAUGGCCAUCCACAGCUCCGCCCACCCGUCAAAUGUGACGGAGUCACCCCUUCACUCGAAUGGUUCCACUCAGCAGGGACACAGCUGGAGGAGCACAACCCAAGCCAGGACCCAGCAAGAGAGGAAGAAGGGGAAAGCCAGACGUGGAGAGAACAGAAACAGGGGCAUCUCCACUGCAUCCCUACUCAGCAGCAGCGGUGUGACCCCGCCCACCGCCACCUGGUCACAGCCAAUCGUCAUCUCCGACACACCCAGCCCGGCGGUCAGCAUCAUCACUAUUCACAGCGACACUGACACUGAGGAUGAGCGCAAAUUCCAUCCCGCCAGCGUUGGCCUCAGCCAGCGCGCUAAUGUCAUCAGCUGCGUGACGGUGCACGACUCGGACUCCUCUACAGCCAGUCCCCUGACUCCUCUGCCCCGCGCACUGCACCCGGCCGGCGCCGCGCCAUCAUCACGCCAGGCCAGGUCUCUAGCCGUGGUGGCACCUUCAGUCAAAACCCAGGGCUCUGAGAGAGGAGCUGUUUCACGUGGACGCUUGGAGACUGGGACCUACAUGAAGCCGAAGAGAUCAUCCAACCGACAGCCCUGUAGCUCGGGGGAGAGUGUGGAGCGUCACAGACUAGUGCCGAGCCAGUCACACCCCUUAAACCUCAGCCAGGUCCAGCCGGUUGUCUCUUCCUCUCAGGAGCGCUCCCACAGCGACUCGUCGACGCGCCGCCAGCCGACGUUCCCUCCGGUCGUAUCCUCUCACUACAACUUCCCCGAGGUGUCGGCCCUGGCCUCGGCCCCGGGCCCCAGCCUGUACGCCUACCCGGCCUCCACGGCGCUCUCCUCGGCCUCUCAGGCCAUGGAGCAGCUGCUGAGCCGCGGCCACGCCGCCCACGCACACUCUCCCUCCGCCUAUGCAGCGACGUACGCUUCGUCCUCCUCCUCCAGGAGGGACUCGGCCGUUCGUAAGGACUCUGUUAGUAGUCUCCUGCACGGCCUGCCCGCGGUCUACCAGCAUCCUUUCGCCACUGGGUCUCCUUACGUUAGUGUGACUCCCCGGGCCGAGGCUUACGGUGCCUACCAGCUGAGCCCCAGGCGCCUCACACAGUACCCGUUCCUUUAGGGAGUCGCACACACACACACACACACACACACGUACUUGGAACAAGGAAAGAAAUUCUACUUUCCCACAAUUUACCACGAAAGGGAGUUUUAAACUGAGUUUCUAGCAAAAUAACUGCUGUCCACUUAUUUGUUUGCUACUUUGGUCUCAAAUGCGGCAUUUCCCUUUGGACUCAUUUACAAGCCUUUAUGGGUCUUCUUGUGUAUUUUAAAUCUUUUUUUUCCAUUAUUUGAUGUCAUCACAUUGGUAAAUUCUUCCCUUAACAAUAUUGCGUAUAACCCGUAUUGUACACCCAUGUUAUCUAUAUGUAUGAUAAUGGCAUUGUGGUUAAUGUAUUUUACUGCUGUUUAUCUCGAGGUUCUGUGUGGAGAGAGACGUUCCUCCUUCCACAAGCUGCAACGACACUUUAGGUGAACUUUAGAGACGCCUAACUCAAAGUUAGUGAAGGGCUAGCUGAAAAACAAUUACAUGCCCUUUGUUCCUCAUGAGCCUCAUGAAGUUUUCACACUAACGCAGUGUGGCCCUUUUUUUAAAUUUUUGACUAAAAAAUAAUGACUACCUUACAUCAUGUCUGAUUCAUCACAAUUAUGUUGUUUACUAUGUUUUUAAAUAUGUUUUGUCAUUGUAAGAAAGGAAGAGGAAGGUCCAUGAAGACGUUGAACAUGAGAUGUGGUGAAACUGUGAUGGAUACAUGUUAAUUUAAGUGCACAUGUGAUAGUCUGUUAAUAUAGUGACAGUGUUUAGGCAGGAUUUAUGUCCUUAUGCAAUAGAAACUUUUAAAAAAAAGAUUUAAAAAACGCAUCAACUUGAGUGCUGAAUGUAUUUAUGAAGUACAGUGGAAUUAGAUCACCAUCCUGAGGACUGACAUGAUAGGCGUUUGUUUUAAUUUUUUUAAUUUUUAAUAUAAUAUAUAUAUUAACCUUCUUCCCUACUGUUUUGCCCCUGAAAUAUAAAAACAGGAGAAACUAUUCUAUACUUUUGAAUUCUGUUGCUGUUGGACCCUCUGAUUUAUAAAAAGGAUCCAUGGCCAGUUUGAACAGUUUGUAUAUUGAUGAACUAGUUUCUUCUUUUCCUCAUGACACUUGGACACAUGGAUAUUGCUUGCUAGGAAGUUGGGAAAAUUAAAAAAAACAAAAACAAAUCAAGCAUCUGUUGACAAAUCGGCCUCCUAUUCAUUUACUCUGUGGCGGAGGGUCUUGUCUGAAAUGUUGAAAUCCACUGUUUUUUCACUCGCAGAUCCUGCAGCGUGGACACAAGCCUCAAGCUGUUCAGUCUGCUCUGAACGUCUUUUAGUUCAAGGAGGUGAAUCUCUGGGUGGUUUCUGUGGGUUAUGAAAGCUUUUUAGUCAACACUUUCCUGUUGUGUUUGCAUCAGUUUUGUGUUGUAAUGUCUGAAUAUUUAACUGUAUUUCACCAUAACAUAGUAUAGUUAAGAGGCUAUUUGGUAGAACUAAUUCAGGGAAAAAAGGUUUCAGCUCAAAUAAUCCACUGUUGCUGUUUUCAAUAAAAUUACUCUCAUAUUCACAA